GUCCUGGACACGUUUCAAAAUCAGUACAAAUCUGUGAAUAUGACAGCGAGCAACUUCCCGAUAGUCAGUAAAAAUUCUAGUUUUUUCCAACUAGCUUUAAAAAUGUUGUAAUUAAUUUGUACAAUAAUCAGUUCGGGUUAAGUCGACACCGAAAACUGACUCCAGCUGCUAUCAAUGUUAUAAUUGAUACAAAUUGUAGUAUUUCAUUCUUAUUUAUUUAUUUAUCAGGAGUUACAAAAAUGGGUAUUAUUAUUACAAAAUUUAGAAAAAAGAAAACUACCUAUGAGGUGCUCGAAAAACUCGAGAAGGAAAUCCAAUCCAUAGAGGAGUUUCGCAGAAGCACUGAACAAACCCAAAAGAAAAUGGUUGGACGUUUCAUUUUUAUCUCAAUUUGUGUGUAUUGUGUCACAGCUUUAAUAUUCUACUUUUAUUUCUUCCCAGCGUCGGCCUACGAAAGAAUUGUUUACAUAAUACCACUAAUUAUACUACCAAUGUUACUGAUUCUAAUAAAACGGACUUUGUCAUGGUAUUACAACAGGAAGAUUAGAAAAAACCAAAAGAAAUUAUGUACUUUGAAAAACGAGAAAAAGAAAAUUCUGGAGGAAGUUAUGGACAAGGAAACAUACAAAGUUGCCAAAACUAUUUUAGAAAAAUUUGCGCCAGAGCAAGUUAAGAAAAAUCCAGCUUUCGAGAACCAAAGCACGCCUGUGAAAAGUGGACCUUUGGCGACCUUCACGCCAACAAGUCAAAGUCAUACAGGUUUGCGGUAUCGAGGUCAGUUCUCAGCAGCCCCCAAUCGCACUUUCGGCCCUAUGGCGACCCCCAUCUCGAGGCAAUCCUUGCUGCCUUCAAGUACUCCUUCGUUGCUCUCACUACCUUCUUCUCAGUCACAAAGCAUUAUAUCAAGCGUAGGUCGUCCUCCUAUCCCUAGCACCCCUUUGCCAUUGCCAAGGGCUAUCCUGCCUAGGGAACGUACAGUUCUGGAUAGAAUGGUGGACUAUCUUGUCGGAGAUGGUCCUUCCAACAGAUUUGCAUUGAUUUGUAAAAAUUGUUCUAGUCAUAAUGGUAUGGCUCUCAAAGAAGAAUUUGAUUAUUUGUCGUUUCGUUGCUGUUAUUGUUUGACGUUUAAUCCGGCCCGCAAAAAACGCCCUAUUGCUCCAAAAUUAGACAACAGACUGUCGAUUAAACAGAAGAGAUCUGACAUAUCAGAUUCGGCGAGUGAUUCGGAUUCGGACACUGCGGGGCCAAUUAUAACCGAACCGCCGAAUGAUCCCACUGUAAAUAACGUGUCCGACUCGGAAAAACUUUCAGAUUUGGAAAUUAAAAAUUCGAACACCGAAUCGGCAGCGAUGGAAGUGGAUCCAGUUACACCAACCAGUGAAAAAAGUAAAAUUGAAGAAGUUGAAGAUGAUACUAAAAAACAAGACUGACACAUAUUUCAAAUAAAAAUUCUUGUAUGUACGAUUUGUAAAAAAAUGGAAAUCAUGUUCACUCGAUUGCUGGAUUUUUUUUGUAGUAUAUUUACGACUUAUUUAUUGCUUUGUAUAAAAAAGAGUGAUUUCCGUGUAAAUAGUUUUGCUUUUUCUGGUUACUCGAUUUUUGACAUAUUAUUCUACGCAGAAUGUAUAACAGGUUUCGGAUCGUGAUUAUGGAGUGUUUUGAUUUACAAUAGGUGCCUUUCUGCAUUUUAUAAUAAAGCAUGUAAUUUUCAAACUA